CGAUACGACCGAAUCCUCUGUACUACCAGCAAACAAAGCUUCUAGAGAUAUAGAAAAUAAGAUGAAUUAGGGUUUAGAUUAUAGUUAGGGUUGUGAAUUUCCCCCUUUUUAAAUCAUUUCUUUGCUUGUUUGAAGUUGAAUCGAUGGAGCCUUGCGUCGGUAAUAAGUUCCGGCUUGGUCGUAAGAUCGGCAGCGGCUCUUUCGGAGAGAUCUAUCUGGGUACUAACAUUCAGACAAAUGAAGAGGUUGCCAUUAAGCUUGAAAAUGUGAAGACUAAGCAUCCUCAGUUGUUAUAUGAAUCAAAGUUAUACAGGUUCCUGCAGGGAGGAACUGGGAUUCCAAAUUUGAGAUGGUUCGGAGUUGAGGGAGACUAUAAUGUUCUGGUUAUCGAUUUGCUUGGACCCAGUCUUGAAGAUCUAUUCAAUUUUUGCAGUAGGAAACUCUCAUUAAAGUCAGUUCUCAUGCUUGCAGAUCAAAUGAUCAACCGUGUUGAAUUUUUUCAUUCAAAAUCUUUCCUACAUCGUGAUAUUAAGCCGGAUAACUUUCUCAUGGGAUUGGGGAGGCGUGCUAAUCAGGUCUACAUCAUUGACUAUGGUCUGGCUAAGAAAUAUAGAGACAGUUCAACCCAUCAACACAUUCCAUACAGGGAAAAUAAGAAUCUGACUGGAACUGCAAGAUAUGCAAGCAUGAAUACACACUUGGGCAUCGAGCAAAGCCGUAGAGAUGAUUUAGAGUCACUCGGAUUUGUGCUUAUGUAUUUCCUAAGAGGAAGCCUUCCUUGGCAAGGCCUGAAAGCUGGAAAUAAGAAACAGAAGUACGAGAAAAUUAGUGAGAAGAAGGUUUCUACCUCAAUUGAGGCCUUAUGUCGAGGUUAUCCUACAGAAUUUGCAUCAUACUUCCAUUAUUGUCGUUCACUAAGAUUUGAUGAUAAGCCAGACUAUGCUUAUCUCAAAAGAAUAUUCCGUGACCUCUUUAUCCGUGAAGGCUUCCAGUUCGAUUAUGUAUUUGAUUGGACCAUAUUGAAGUACCAGCAAUCACAAUUGACAACUCCUCCAGCUCGAGCCCUUGUGAGUGGCGUUGGUGCUGGAACAAGUUCUCCCAUGCCCCCUGCUAUUGCCAAUGCUGACAGACACACAGCUGGGACGGACAUGCGAGCCACUGGUUUAUUAUCCAUGGAUUCCUCUCGGCGGAGAACAUCAGGACCAUUGAUGAAUUCUGGAAAUCUUGCAAAACAGAAGAGUCCAGUUGCAAAUGAUCCUUUUGUGGGGCAUUCAGGUGGAUCUUCUUCCCGGCGAGUUGCUGUUUCUAGCAGUCGUGAUGCUUUAGCUGGUAGUGAGGUCGACCCACAACGUUCUCAUGCAGCCUAUGCUAGCUCUGGAACACUGCAAAAAAGUUCAAGCCGACAGAGAAGUCCUGUUGAAUCUGUUGACCCUAAGUGGACAAUGUCUGCUAGAAAUACCUCUCAUGUCAAGAACUUUGAAGCUGCCCUCAAGGGAAUCGAAGGCCUGCAAUUUGAAAGCGAUGAAAGAAUUCAUUAUUAAACGCUCAGCUAUAAAAACUGUUGUAAAACAUGAAAUGGUUGAUGUACUAAUACAUUUUCCAUCAGAGUAUGGGGGAGGUCGAGUUUUCGAGGGAUUGGUAACUCGGUGCUCUUGAUUUGGAACCGAGUGCAGUGCACACCCAAAGCAUAAAUUUCUGAUCCUCUGAUUAUAGAAAACUUGUGAAGUUAAAAUUUGAGUGCUUCGAUUUCGAAGUUGUUGGCUGUCAAAGUUUAGAAGUGUUGUGGCAUGGUAUGGUUAUUUUCUUACAAGCAGUUUUUAACUCCCUGUUUCUGUGGUGUUAAUUUCCUCCUGAGAU